AUGAAGAUCCUCGACUGUUGCUUCCUUGAUAUUGUCGGUCCUCUGUCUGUGUCGGAAUCCUUCUCCCACCCCUUCAAGUUCAUCAUAUCAUGCAUGGACUGUUGCAGCGGUUAUUGUUGGUUCUUUCCAACUCCCGACAUCACCAGCAAGACCAUCACUGGUAUCCUCGAAGCAAGGCUGAUCGAUCAGGUCGGAGUCCCACGAGUUUUCACAGUCGACAACGCCCGCUAUUUCACUGGUGUUUACUUCCGCGCCUGGGUUGCCAGCAUAGGUGCUACCUUGAGAUGUAUCCCUGUCGCUAGCCCCCAUCGCAAUGCCCUAUUAGAACGUCAACACUCUGGUCUCAAGAAGUCAUUGAAGGCCCUCUGUGCUGAACAUCCUGAAUCGUGGCCGGCCUAUGUCACUAAAGCUCAGCGGAGGAUCAACACCCGAUCUACAUAUGGCUACAGUCCUCAAGAGCUAUUCUACGGUUUCGACGCUCUAACGCCCUUUUCAAGACGGUUUGAAGACGUCAGCAACACUAUCGACGAGGAUUCUGUCCGUUUCGAGGCUCGACGUC